AUGGUUUCUUUACGAGAUAAACAAAUAAAUGCAAUCAAGCAAAUGCUGAAUUUAAAUCAGCCUAUAGCUAAAACUCUCGCAUCAGAACCUGUGUGGAAGCUUUUAAUUUAUGAUCGAGUUGGACAAGACAUUAUUUCACCACUAAUAAAUAUUCAAGAAUUAAGAGAAAUGGGAUGUACUCUUCAUAUUCAAUUACAUUCAGAUCGUGACAGCAUUCCUGAUGUUCCUGCUAUCUACUUUUGUGCACCGACUGAAGAGAAUUUAGGGCGAAUAGCACAAGACUUCCAGAAUGGUCUAUAUGAUGUGUAUCAUCUAAACUUUAUAGCUCCCAUAUCUCGACAAAAACUCGAAGAUUUAGCUAGUGCAGCCUUGCAGACAAAUUGCGUUGCAAACAUCCAUAAAGUUUAUGAUCAAUAUUUAAAUUUCAUCACAUUAGAGGAUGAUUUAUUCAUCUUAAAGCAUCAAAAUAGCGAUUCCAUGUCUUACUAUGCAAUAAAUCGUGCAAAUACGAAUGAUGUAGAAAUGGAAAGUAUGAUGGAUAGUAUCGUUGAGAGUUUAUUCUCAGUUUGUGUGACUCUCGGGAAUGUUCCAAUAAUUCGAUGUCCCAAAAAUUCUGCUUCUGAAAUGGUCGCUAGAAAACUGGAGAAGAAGCUUCGUGAGAAUCUUUAUGAUGCUAGAAAUAAUCUCUUUCAUAUGGACGCAACACAAGCUGGUAAUUUCAGCUUCCAACGGCCAAUUUUAGUGAUUCUCGAUAGAAAUAUUGAUAUGGCAACACCAUUACAUCAUACAUGGACGUAUCAAGCACUGCUUAGUGAUGUUUGUGAUUUAUCAUUAAAUCGUGUCGUAAUUGAAGAAGAUUCUGAAAAAAUGGCACAAGGCGGUGCAAGGAGGAAGGCAAAACCUUACGAUUUAGAUAAUCGAGAUAAAUUCUGGACGUCACAUAAAGGAAGUCCAUUUCCAAAUGUCGCAGAAUCAAUUCAAGAGGAACUAGAAUCAUAUAAAUCAUCAGAAGAUGAAAUUAAGAAAUUAAAAUCAACAAUGGGAAUUGAUGGAGACACAGAAGUAGCUUAUUCGAUGGUCAAUGACACUACAGCACGCCUUACAAAUGCUGUCAAUUCAUUGCCUCAAUUGAUGGAGAAAAAACGGCUAAUUGACAUGCACACGAAAAUUGCUACAAACAUUUUAAAUUUCAUUAAAUCACGACGUCUUGAUUUGUUCUUUGAAAUGGAAGAAAAAAUCAUGUCAAAGUCAUUGGAUAAGCCACUUAGUGACUUGCUUCAAGAACCAGAAUUUGGAAGUCCUGAUGAUAAAAUGCGCCUUUAUAUAAUCUAUUAUAUCUGUACUAAUUUGCCUGACACGGAAUAUAAGAAAUUGGAAACCAUUUUACAGGAAGUUGGAUGCAAUUUAUCAGCAAUUCCGUACAUUCAGCGAUGGAAAAGUAUAAAUUCUCGAUCAUCUAAUAAUCUAGCUACUAAUCAAUAUGAAGGAAGUGGAACUAGAACAGUCACUAUGUUCAGUAAAUUAUUGUCACAAGGAUCGUCGUUUGUUAUGGAAGGUGUCAAAAAUCUGGUCGUUAAACGGCAUAACCUGCCAGUAACAAAAAUAACAGAACAGCUUAUGGAAUGCAAAGCUAAUACAGAAGUUGAUGAUUAUCUCUAUUUUGAUCCAAAACUGUUAAGAGGCAGUGACGUGUGUCCAAAAAAUCGAGCACCAUUCCAAGAUGCAAUUGUUUUUAUGAUUGGCGGUGGCAAUUAUAUUGAAUAUCAGAAUUUAGUUGAUUUUAUUAAGCAAAAGAAUACAUCAAGUACAUCAAAGAGGAUAAUUUAUGGAUCAACAACACUGAAUAAUGCAAAGCAAUUCCUCAAGCAGCUCGCGUUACUUGGCGAAGAGAUUAGCUAA